GGCGUAUUGAAGAACAAAAUUUUAACACAGUUUCUCGUCUUUGCUUUUUCCCACACUCUGCUAGGGUUUCAGAGUCGCCGCGCCCCCUCUUCCGAGUUCAACUGGUUCCUCACUCCUUUCCCCUCAGCCGAUUCCAUUUCUCAACUCGCCGUGUAGAUGGCCAUGGAGGUUACUCAAAUUCUUUUAAAUGCGCAAGCAGUUGAUGGAGCGCUUAGGAAACAAGCAGAAGAGAAUUUGAAACAAUUUCAGGAGCAGAAUCUUCCAAGCUUCUUGUAUUCUCUUGCUGGGGAAUUGGCAAAUGAUGAGAAGCCUGCUGAGAGUCGGAAGCUAGCUGGUCUAAUUCUCAAGAAUGCUCUUGAUGCAAAGGAACAACACAGAAAGAUAGAAUUGGUUCAAAGAUGGCUGUCAUUGGACCCAACUUUGAAAGCCCAAAUUAAAGCAUUGUUGUUGAGGACCCUUUCAUCUCCAUCUGUAGAUGCUCGUUCAACUGUAUCACAAGUUAUUGCAAAGGUCGCUGGUAUAGAGUUGCCUCACAAGCAGUGGCCUGAAUUGAUAGGAUCCCUCUUAUCAAAUGUUCAUCAGCUACCUGCUCCUACGAGGCAGGCAACUCUUGAGACUCUUGGGUACAUUUGUGAAGAAGUCUCACCAGAUGUGGUAGACCAGGAUCAUGUAAAUAAGAUACUCACUGCGGUUGUUCAGGGAAUGAAUUCUACAGAAGAAAACAAUGAUGUUAGGCUUGCUGCUGUAAGAGCAUUGUACAACGCCCUUGGUUUUGCUCAGGCAAACUUUUCUAAUGAUAUGGAGCGUGAUUACAUCAUGAGAAUAGUUUGUGAGACAACUCUCUCUCCUGAUGUGAAGAUUCGACGAGCAGCUUUUGAGUGUUUGGUAGCUAUUUCUUCAACGUACUAUGAAAAAUUGGCUCCAUAUAUCCAAGAUAUAUUCAACAUCACUGCCAAGGCUGUGAAGGAGGAUGAGGAGCAAGUUGCACUUCAGGCUAUUGAGUUUUGGAGCUCAAUAUGUGAUGAAGAGAUUGAUAUAUUAGAAGAAUAUGGAGGUGAUUUUAGUGCAGAUUCAGAUAUUCCUUGCUUUUACUUUAUUAAGCAGGCUCUUUCAUUUCUUGUUCCUAUGUUAUUGGAAACACUGCUGAAGCAAGACGAGGAUCAAGAUCAAGAUGAAGGGGCUUGGAACAUUGCUAUGGCUGGAGGCACAUGCUUAGGAUUGGUUGCACGAACAGUUGGUGAUGACAUUGUGCCUCUGGUUAUGCCAUUUAUUCAAGAGAAUAUAUCUAAACCAGAUUGGAGGCAGAGAGAAGCAGCCACUUAUGCCUUCGGCUCCAUUCUUGAAGGUCCAUCCCCUGAAAAGCUUGAGCCACUUGUGACCAUGGCUUUGAACUUCAUGCUUACUGCACUGAUGAAAGACCCAAGUAAUCAUGUGAAGGACACUACUGCAUGGACUCUUGGACGUAUGUUUGAGUUCUUGCACGGGACAGCUUUGGAUACACCAAUCAUCACACCCGCAAACUGCCAACAGAUUGUUACUGUGCUGAUCCAAAGCAUGAAAGAUGUACCUAACGUUGCUGAGAAGGCGUGUGGUGCUCUCUAUUUUCUUGCCCAAGGUUAUGAGGAUGCUGGAUCUGCAUCCUCUCCAUUGACCCCAUACUUUCAAGAUAUCGUUCAAGCUCUCCUCACUGUAACUCACAGAGAGGAUGCUGUAGAAUCACGCCUUAGAACAGCAGCCUAUGAAGCCUUAAAUGAAGUAGUGAGGUGUUCUAAUGAUGAAACAGCUCCAAUGGUGGUACAGCUUGCGCCUCUCAUUAUGUUGGAGCUCCACAACACUCUCGAGAAUCAGAAGGUCUCAUCCGAUGAGAGGCAAAAUGAGUUACAAGGCCUUCUGUGUGGUUGCUUGCAGGUCAUCAUUCAGAAGUUGGGUUCAUCUGAACCAACGAAGUAUCAUUUCAUGCAGUAUGCUGACCAAAUUAUGGCUUUGUUUCUAAGAGUGUUCGCUUCACGUAGUGCGACAGCUCAUGAGGAGGCUAUGCUUGCAAUUGGAGCUUUAGCCUAUGCAACUGGUCCUGAUUUUGCUAAAUAUAUGACAGAAUUUUACAAGUACUUGGAGAUGGGUCUCCAAAAUUUUGAAGACUACCAGGUUUGUGCCAUCACAGUGGGCGUGGUUGGUGAUGUAUGCAGGGCAUUGGAGGAAAAAAUACUCCCCUAUUGUGAUGGGAUAAUGACCCAACUUCUGAAAGAUUUGUCCAGUAAUCAGUUGCAUAGGUCUGUGAAGCCUCCCAUUUUUUCUUGUUUUGGCGACAUUGCCUUGGCAAUUGGAGAGAACUUUGAAAAGUACUUGUUAUAUGCUAUGCCCAUGCUUCAGAGUGCUGCCGAGCUAUCGGCUCAUACGUCUGGAGCUGAUGAUGAUAUGACAGAGUACACUAAUUCCUUGAGAAAUGGAAUCCUUGAGGCUUACUCAGGUAUCUUCCAAGGGUUUAAGGGCUCCCCAAAGACCCAGCUUCUGAUGCCUUAUGCUCCUCAUGUACUGCAAUUCUUGGACAGUUUGUAUAUGGAGAAAGACAUGGAUGAUGUUGUGACUAAGACAGCAAUUGGCGUGCUUGGAGACCUAGCUGAUACAUUGGGCAGUAGUGCUGGUCCGUUGAUCCAGCAAUCUGUGUCCAGCAAAGACUUCCUCAAAGAGUGUUUAUCAUCUGAUGAUCAUUUGAUCAAGGAAUCUGCCGAAUGGGCCAAGUUGGCAAUCAGUCGAGCAAUUUCAUUUUGAGGCCUUUAUUACUGUUUCAGAGGUCCUUGUUUCUUGCAUACAUAUCUGCAUCUGUUGCGUGGAGGUCUCAACUGCAUGCCAUGAGUCGGGUCAUCACCAUUUUUGGGCAAAGGUGUUUCAGUCAGUAGGUCCUUUCGCUGUCUGCAUUUUCAUGUCAGUAGCUUGGAGUCUGCGUUUUUCUUUCUUUUUCCCUUUUUAAAUUUAUCUUUCUGCAUUGCAAUGGGAGGAGGUCGGUGGGUGAUGACCGAUCUAUCUGCUAACUUGGCAGAAAAGUUGCGGUUUAAAGGAAAGAUGAAAAACCCGGUAUUUUCACGAUGGGGGAAGAACAAAAUAUUAAUCUAUGGGGCUUGCGCCAGUAUUUGGGUUGUUUGAGUUUCAUGGGGGUCAGUCUUUUAGAUAAUGAUGGGUUGGGGGGCAGAAGGGGGAAUACAUUAUGUCUUUUUUCAUUUUUUAACCUUUUUACUAUUGGCUGUAGAGCGAAACAAUCGUCUUCGUCCUUCCAUGUGUUUGGAAUAGGUAAUGCAACAACAUAUUAGCCGUUCCUUGAAAUUAUUCAAAUCAUUGUCUUCAAUGUCAAUUUUUUAAUUAUUAUUUUCCAUGAGUCUA